AUCGUAUAAACUUAUCAAUGAAAUAAUAAUUAUAGUAAUCAUUCAAGCAAGUUUUACAUAAAUAUACGUCAUAUAUAUCUAAUACAAUAUAAACUAAUUUUUUAUGGUCAGAUAAUAAAUUUAUACACUAAUCCUAAUCUAAAAUCUUCCAAGAGAUCCAUCUAUCAUAUUAUUUAUGAAAGUUUAUUUUAUAAAAUCAGGAAAAUUGACAAACGCAAGUGAGCCUAGAUAAUUUAAAAACAAUGAUUUUUUAUAUAUUUAAAAAAUCUUAGUGUGUGUGAGUAAAUAAAAAAAAUAUCAAAAUAAGAAUCAAACUUAAAUUUAAUCAAUUUAGAAAUCAAUUUGUUCAUUUCACGUUAUUUUUGCACAUUAUCGAUUAAUGGAGAAAGAAAAUAGAUAUCAUUACAUAUGCAUUUCUUAUAGAAAGCAAUCGCCAUUUUAAAUUAUUCACAAACCUAAAGGAACUAUUUUCAUUGAUUUUAAUCAUUAAGUAAAGUUUUAAUUAAAUUUAUUAAUAAUCAAUAAAUAAUAUCAUAUUUAUGAAAAUAGAAUUCAUGAUAAUUAUAUAUUAUAUUUAAUAAUCAUCUAAAUAUUGUUUGCAUAUUAACAAACAUAAACUUAAAGUCCAACAUGAUUAAAAAAUGAUGUAAAUGAAUAAAGGGGGUAACCUUAGACUACGCAAUAUGUCAUGGCAGUCAUGACCAUGUAAUAGUGGUCAGAAAGAAGAACUGUGAGCGGGAGGGGAAUUUUAUUUACAAGAUAUUGAAUAUUGAUAUUCACUUUUUUAUAAGGAGAUUUAUUAUUAAUUAUGAAAUAGCUAUUUUAUUAACAAUUUAAUAACAGUUGAUAUUAUUAUAGUUUCUAAAAAAGUAAUGUCAGAACAGAAAGUUUUUGUAACAGUCGGUACAACAAGUUUUGAUGAUUUGAUUUCAACAAUAUUAAAUCCUGAAGUACUUGAGGCUUUAGCUUUGAGAGGUUAUAAUUAUUUAUCUCUGCAAAUAGGUAAAAGUUCUUUAGAGCCUGAUUGCACAUCUCGAUGUGGUAUCAAUCAUAUUGAAUAUUUUCAUUUAAGUUCAUCUAUUGAGAACUAUAUACAGGCAGCUGACUUAGUAAUAAGUCAUGCUGGAGCAGGAAGUAUUCUAGAAGCUUUGGAAGCUCAUAAACAAUUAAUUGUAGUUACUAAUCAGUUACUCAUGGACAAUCAUCAGUUAGAAUUAGCACGACAAUUGUAUGAAGAUAAGCAUUUGUAUUAUUGCACUUGUGAUACUUUAUUGAAUACUAUUCAAACAAUGGAAUUAAAUGUAUUAAAACCAUUUAUAUCUGAUGAAAGUAAAAAUAUCAUUAAUUAUUUAGAUCGUAUCAUGGGUUUUAAGUAAAAUAAAUAUGAUUUAUAUGGUUACAAUCAAAAACUAAAAUAUUUUGAACAUAUAUAUGCUUUUGAAGUUCAUAAAAUUAUAGAAACAAUAAAUUAAAUAAGGUAAAAUAUAUAUAUAUAAAUGAUACAUUUUACCUUAUUUAAUUCCUUGGAACAAUAAUAUUCAAUAACUUUAUAUUCUCUUUUGUAUUGUACAAAUUCUCUUUUGUAUCAGUACAAUAAGUUAUCAUCAUCACAAAAACAUUAAAAUUGAAUAAAAAUUGAUUACAUAUAAAUAUACAAGUGCAAGGUUGAUAGUAUAAGGUAUAGUGAGAAUAAGAGAAUCAUAUAUUAUAUUUAUGUUAAAGUACAUAUAAAUAAUAUAGAAUAGAUAAACUUUAUAUUUAAUAACAAUAUAAAAAAUAAUAUACUUAACAAGCGUGGCUUAAAAUGUUUAUUUAGAUAUAAAGACAACUUUCUCAUUUCAUCUAAAAGUAAAUUAUAGAAGAUAUUAUGGCAGUCAACUUUGUUAAAUUUGUUCAAUCAGCAUCAUUUAAUUACCUCUGAUUAGUUACUUAAACGCUA